AUGCAUCAAUCUCUGUCUCCUCCUUCACUUUGUUUGCAUUGGGUUCCACCUCCAAUUCAUUCUGUUAAAUUGAAUUGUGAUGCUAGUUGGUUUGCUCCUUCUGGCUAUGCUGGUUUUGGUUGUAUUAUUCGCAAUCCUGAUGGAUGUUGGUUGAAAGGUUGCACUGGAAAAUUCGAAGUGUGCAGUGUUCUUUUUGCUGAAUUGUAUGCAAUUUGGAGAGGUUUACUUCUUGCUUGGGAAAGUGAAUUUCGUGAGGUUAUUUGUGAAACAGACUGUUUAGAAGCUCUUUUCUUGGUAAACCAAAGAAUGCUUAGUAAGGAUAUUCCGGAAUGGGAUUUGGCAAAGCAUAUUCAGGAGGUUAUGAAUUGGAAUUGGAGAGUCUCUAUUCUUUUCAGAGGACUGCAAAUAGUGUUGCAGAUUAUAUGGCUAAAGCAGCUGCUUCUGUCGCGGAAAUUCACUCGAAUUGGACCCAACUAUGGAGUGAGCUUCAACAUCUAA